AUGGCAUCUGUGCGAGGUCACAGUCCAGAAGGCGCGGGUAAGGCAAAGCUGUGCAUCAAGCGGUGCAACCGCUGCAAGUACAUCAAGCAUGCUGCUUCCUGGCAAAAGAAACUUGUUUAUUCUACCAGCUCCGGGGGCACCGCCACGUGGCUGGUGGAGAGCGACAGCAACAAGCCAUGGGGAUUGGGGUGCGCAGUUUGCAGAGAUGCUUGUGACAACCCGGCUGCAUCUGGAUCGGCCUUUGUCCAAAUGAAGAAGGGUGCAGCCCAAUACGAGGUGCCUAUGACCCGGUUCGGGGGUAUGCUGCAGCUGGAGGAUCUUCGGCGUCACGGAGAGUCGGAUGGGCACAUUCGGAGCUUGGAGAAGCUGGGACAGCCAGCUGCAUCGCCCGGGGGGAGCGAGGAGGACAAGGCAGUGCCGACACCAGCGCAAGUGCGCCUGGCGCUUGAAGUCCUGCGGAUGCCUAGCAGCGCGCAGGGUAGGUCCUACGAAGCUCGGUGCGAACUGGCGGGGCGAGCCGAUUGCAGGAACUUUCCUGCGGGUCGCUCCUGCGCGACCGAGCACGCGCGAAUCAUCAGGACAGUUGCAGAGGUGCUGUGGGACGAGGCCCGGCAGUGGCCCGACCGCAGGCUGGCCGCGAAGUGCAAGUCCGCUGGCUGGGCCGAGGACGUCAGCAAAGAUUCCUUGUGUGUGAAGAUGAGACUUGUGGACCACAAGUACCAGGUUCAUCACCGCAUGUUGGCGCUCUCAAAGUGCCACGGCGUCAAGGCAGGCAUGUCAAUAGUAAUGUUGCUUGCGCAGAACACGUGCAAUACCGUGCCCUCGCUCGGAAAAGUGGAGCACAUGGGGAGAGUUUUGCAGAAGUUCAGCCCGGACAACCAUGAGUCCUUCGCAAAGCUCUUCCAGGACCGAAGUCCAGGGUCUCCUGCAGUUCUGUGGGCCAUGCGCGCACCUUUGCAGGUGUACACUGUGGAUGGCGAAAAAGCUGAGGGACUGGCUGGGCGCUUUGCUGCCGCCACAGGCUCAGAUGGAAGCGGUUCACCGCCAGCAGCGUGUACCAGCCUCGCAGCCAAGGCCAAGGGUGUGUUGCCUUCCUUGAAGCUGUCCACAAGAUGCCGGCUGCACUCGGCGCAGCGAAGCUUGGAAAACUCCCUGAAGAGCGACGGGAACAUCAAAAUCCUGCUAGAUGAGUUCGUUAUGCGUUUGUCGUCACAAAACAGCAAGGACCCGGGCGGUUUCUGCAGGGCCAUUGGCAACUCUCACAAGUUGUUAGCACAGUUCAGCGAGAAGGUGCAAUCCCAGCUUGAUUGUGUUCUGGGUCCGCAGAUGAGCGCUCAUUACGUACUGACGCCCAGCAACAUUCGGCUGCUUGCACUGACGACGGAGUGGCUCAGCUUGGUGUCUCCAUUCGUUCAUGAGUACGACAGGGGCGCCGCAAAGUCAGAGUCCGCGCCGACCUCUUCCACAGCUCGCAUAUCCAACUGCUCCAGGUUGUGCGAGAAUCUGAAGCAGGACGCUGUAGACUCACUUGUGCGGAUGCUGCGUUCCAAUGAAUUACUGCUUGGGUUCACACAGGAUCUCAAUCGCACCUUUGCCUUCAAGUCCUUGGACGGCUCCACCGCCCAACGGCCUCUGGUUCUCAAUAGCAAUUACACGUCCGGGUACCUUCAGAUAGCCGAGCAGCAGAUGAAAGCUUUGAGCAGCAGCUCGGACAUUGCCGUGUACCAGGAUGGUCGCCUAUUGUUUCACUCUGAAGGCGUGCCCGACGAAGAGUAUGCUGCUCUGCUGGCGCCCGAAUUGGGGUCCAUCAAGAACGUGUCGGACUUGUUUCUCGAGUCCGUGGAGACUUGGCAUCAAGCUGGUGUUGGGUCUGCUCUGAGCCCCUUCGACGUGGUCUGGUGGACGGCCAACAGAUCAGACUCCACCCUGCCCGAGGUGUUGGAUCCUUUGGCCAAGCUGCUGCAGCUGGACACACACGUGCUGCGCGAAGAGUACCUCGUCGCACGACCCACGGCGGUCUUUCUUGCCAGGUCUGAGAGAGCCUACUGGCCCACGACUAUGCAGCGCUUUGAUCGGUUGAAAUCACUGAAAGUUCGCUUCAUGCUAGCAAUCUUCGAUGCCACUUCGGAGAUCGAGACCAGCUUUAGCACACUGCGGCUGUUUUCAGGCUCCAUCAAGGCCAGUAUGUCAGAGGAAAACAGGAAUUGCUAUCUGAAAGUCUUCUGCGACUGCCCGGACCUGGACAAGGUGGUUUUUUUCUCAAAGGGCAAUUACCAGCCAUCCAGUCUUGGUUUCAAAAUCCUGGACAAGUACCGGAAGCUUUAUGGUGGGCAAGGUCGGAACACGAGACGGGACCGACUUCCACGAAAGUCCUUCUGCUCGAGGCUGAAAUCCAAGGGCUUGGCGUCUUUCCAGAGACAGCGGGACGCACAGCGGCGUUCGCUGCAGCAGCCAGAUGCCGAGGAAGGUCUGGAAGACCUUCAGCAAGUCGUUGACUCCGCAGCAAGACGGCGUGCCUCUCCUAAGCAAGAGAAGCUGCGGGCAAUACUUCAGGCAAAAGCUGCGGAGCUCAAACAGGACUUCGUUCAUGGUCCCGGUCAUGGCAUUGCCGCCAAGUUGUCAGAGCAUGAAAGGAACGUGCUAAAGGACAAAGAGAAGCUCCAGAGGAUAGAGAUGAGACAAUUGCACGAGCAGUUGGAAGAACUAGCCCCGGGACCCUGCACAUUCGUCAUCCUCGGUUCCUGUGUCCAUUUGAAGACGCGUGCGAAGAAGCAGCUGGCCCGGGUAUCUUCGUUUGCAGGUUCUGUGUUCUACAGUGCCUCGGAGUUCUUGAAUGGCGUAAGCCAGGAGGUUGCCAUGGACUGCAAGCGGCUCGUGUGGGUGUGCGUGGAGCCGGAAACCUUCCAAAAGGUUUUGGGGCCCCAGAAUGGCGUCGAGAUUCCUGCGGCCGACGCCCAGGGAGAGUGUUGGAAGGAGGUUUCAAUCAUCCUGGCGACUCGCGUGCUUGGCGGGUAUGUCGCCAGUGGGCAAUGGCCGAGUCUACUUGCCAACCGACAGGACGCCUCUGUCCCCUCCCCGAUCAUCAGGCUUGGGGCAGCAUACGCCCAGCCGCACAACAUUUACAUGUCCAAGCUGCCGGAAAAGCUGAAAGGAUGUCUGAACCACCUCGAUGCCAUCCUGCGAGGUGGCUUUGACCCACUUCGAUGUGUGCGCGCACUAGUCGUGGGGAAUCGACCUGGCGCUCAGGUUUGGGUCCUGGCGAUGUCAAGGCGCAGGUCCGGCGCCAAGAAGCCCGAGGCCGACGCGGCGGGGGCCAUGCCGGCUCCUGCUGAGCCUGAUGCUUGGCGGGAGUUGCGGCAGUGCGUGGAUCGCUUGAAGCAAUCCAAGAUGUGGGUCGAGAGCGGCGCCGAGCCACUCCCGGUGAGCGGCGUGACAGCGCUGGCCGCUGACUGGCGUGGCAGUGACAUUCCACAGGAUGCUUUGAAUCCGCAGGGCUGCGGCGUGCUCGGAGAUUUGCAGUGGUCGUGCCCCGGUCCAGCCGGCGCCGGGGUGGGCCUGCGUGACAUCUCGGCCAGCCGUGAGUUUUGGUACAAGGGCGACAACCCGCCCGAGCUGCCGGAAACGAUGGUGCUGUUCACAGAUGACAGUGCAAGGGGGGACUUGACACCCGUGUCGCGGGUAGUCCAACUUGCUGCCUUCAUCUUUGAGUGGGAUGCGGCAGUGGCAGCCGGCGAGGCCCGGCUCAGGGACAGGAAGCUGAGCUUUGCCCACGUAGACAGCAAGGUGAGCAGCAAAGACAUGAUAGCGAAACUUUUGCGGCUGCGGCAGCGCUGCGUGGAAGCAGAAGUCUGGGAUGAGUUCAAAAUGCUGCAGCACCACGACGACUUCGGCCCCACUUGGGCAAGCCGUUGGAGCAUUGCGUGCCGCGUGCUCGGGCUAGCUUCCAAGCCCGAGGAGUUUGCUUGGAUGGUUCGAUCCUUCGCUUUGGGCGCAAGAACGCCUGCGAAGUACCCCGGCUUCCGGCGCAAGAUCUACGAGCUGCAGAAGGAGGACCUCAUUGACAGCGCCAAAGCGGUGAUUGCGACGCGUGGCAUGAUGGUCCGGAUCAUCAAAGACGUGUCCACAGCAGACAGCUCUUGGUGCGAUCUCCUGGCAAAGUUUGUGGAUGCGAAGCAGAUGUGCUCCAUAGACGCGUCGUUUCUGGAGGACAUUCACGGCAGGAGCAAUGAGCAGGUCGCUGUCCUUGAGUUGCUGAAAGGUAUGCAGGAGCAUGCGUACCUCCCGGAGUUCUAUGGGGUGGCGGCCAGUCAUGAUUCCGUGCAGUCACAAUACAGCGACAGUCGGCACCGGGCGACACACAUGGCCCCGCUGCAGACGGCGCCCAUGGUCAUUGAGCCGCCAGAUGUGCCGCAGCCUGAUGAUGCUUGGAAAGAUGAGGACGUGGCAGUGCCGCAGGCAGAGACCUCUACCGUGAACGUGGGCCAGGUCCGCGAAGACCCGCGUGUGGUGGCGAAGAAGAUGAUGUUUAGAUACAUCAAGUUCGUCGUUGCUGACGUCAUGGAUUGUGGCAGCAUGGAGGCCGCCCUGACAGUCGACAAGCUCCUGCCCGCCGGCGACAAUGCGGAGCAGAUGCUCCGCGGCUGGCUCCUGGACGGUUCCAUGCUGACAGAGGUCCUGGUCUGCUUCCUAUACAGUGCUUUGGCGGUGGUCUCAGAGGGUCAGGGGCGAGGGGGGUCCCAGGAGAAGUGCCAGGCAGGGGUCUCAAGGAUCUUCGAGAAGCUGGCCCAAGCAGACAAGGACAAGAAAUGUCAAUUCAGGAUCGAGCCGAGGCCUGAUGCCAGGCGCAAGCGCAAGGCGGUCUCGCUGGGCGCGUAUGUCGGCCGGGAGUCUCUCCACUUUGCUGUUUGCGGCAGCAGUCUGGUGCUGCUGAAGGUUGAAGGCAAGGGCAAGUUCAUCUCGGACACGGCGGCUGAACCAGCCAUUCCCGACGACAUGGCCGACGAGGUGACCAUGGUGGCUGUUUGCCGAAGCUCACUGCACGCCAAGGUCCUCAUGGACUUUCUCGUGGAAAAGCUUGUGGUGGAUCUGAGCCAGUCUCCGCCCGCGUCCUCGGUGGCCCCUGCUGUCCACGACAGCAAUCCAGAGCCACGCAACACAGGUGCCAGCAAUGGCCAGAAUGCCGUGAAGGACGGCCAGGAUGAUGCCGCGAAGGACAUCGCUCAGGGCGACAAGACCACAAACCAAGAGAAGAAGCAGAAGAAGGAUGCUCAGGCCAACAAGACCAACGACGAAGAGAAGAAGGAGGAGAAGGAUGCGGAGUAUGAACUUUCCGAGGAAGAGAGCGGCUCCAGCAGUGGCAAGGAGGCUCGGGCUGAGUUGGCAGGGGAGAGCCACCAGGUCUCUUCCGUUUUGGGCCGAUUAGCUUUGUCGGACGCUGAGGCUAAUUUUAAUUCCGAGACCAGAUCCGCACAGGCCCACAGAGGCAAGAAAAUAAAGAUGGUCGACAUCGCCGCAGCUAAGCUGGAUGAUAUCCUGAAGGAGGCGCCGCGUGGGCAGGCGGUCAAGAAGGAUAAGGAUGCCAAGACGAAGGGGGUCAUCAGCUUUGACUUGACGCAGAACCUCGAUGAUGCGCCCAGGGCAACCCGAGCCAUCACAGCCAUCCUGGCGAAUGCGGCUCCGAGUACAAACUUCAAUCGAGUGAAGUUGGUCUGGCAACCUAAAAGCAAGCAAGGGGGGCUCGCGGCGUCCGUGGGCAAGGUCUGUCACCCAACGAUCGUCGUGUCUGGGGCCACUGCCGCUGUACAAGAGCGACGUCCUGCCUGCGGGGUAGUGUGGUCUUACAGCAUGCGCGGGCUCGGUUCGGAGGGGCCGGCAACCCAAGACAGCAACAUGAAGGCCAUCAAAGUAGACGGCCGGCUGCCGUGGACUUUCGAGGACUCACCAAGCUGGGCGAUUGUGGCUGAGCUUUGGGGAGGAAAAGAUUGGUUGAGUCAGAAAGCGUCCAAGGAUCAACGGGACAAGCUGCGCUCAAUGGGCUUUGUGUGUGCCAACGGCAAUGCUACCCUUGCGCCGUUGCCGGAAGCCUUGGCUAGCAGCACAGUCCUGAAGCAGCUUGCGAGAAAGGCGUACGCAAAGGAACACCCCAAGGAGGAGAAGGCAGUGGAAGUCCGGACCAGCAUCAUGAAAAACAAGAAGAAAGGGCCGCCGGCCCCGCCGAAGGAGCUCCGCGUGGCGGCGGAUUGCUCUGGAUACGGAGCUCACGCAGCUCGGCCUGAAACGCAUGUGCAAUGUGCUGUUGCAUUUCUGUUUGUGCCUGAAGCCAAGAUUAUUGCUCUCGCCAAUAUGGACCUGAAGAUCCCAGUGAAGAACAUGCUCGCUUGCGAGAUCGACCCUGCGGUGAGGCGCAUGGCGUCUCGUGUGUCUGAUGCGGUGGACUUGCCCGCGUACGAGCAGCCGGUGAACAUGGUAGAGAGGCACUUAAGCCAGGAGAGUCUUGAGCUCUACAUGCUGACGGCACCGUGCCAGUCUUACAGUCUGGCCGGGAAGGGCCUUGGACUUGGGGAAGGGAGAGGGCAGCUCGUGGUAGAUGGCUGCGGCAAGAUACUGGACGAGAAGCCCAAGGCUUCGGCGACGUGCACCAACAAGCGAUAUGCAAAACCGCAAGGUUCAUUACAGGCGCUGCUCAGCGGCAUCUCCUACCUCAUGCUCGCGCCGCUGCCCCUGCGCAUCGGGGGCCAGGAGCUGAUGUUGACACCAGCCCUGGCCUGGUCCGCGACUGUCGUUCUGGGUGUUGGUGUGGCCUUCGGCCUCAUCCCAGUUUACAAGCAGCUGAUCUCGUGCGCAUGCCACGAGGUGCCCCAAGAACGAGAGCUCGCGGCAUCCUCCUUGUUCACCAUCGCGAUGGCCACAGGUGCCUUUCUGGGCCCGACGCUUGGCGGCUUCCUCUCCGAGCUCGUGGGGCCCCGGACAGCGUAUUCUUCCACGGGCAUCUUGGAGGUGGCACUAGCUGUGCUCCUCUUCUUCGUCGCGAUGACCCCUGCUUUCCGGCAUGGCGUCCACACUGCACGCUCGCCGCUCCUCACUGCCUAG